GGAGCAGCAGAGUCCAUUUAUUUUUUUUCCGUACCUCCACUUUCUGCAGACGUAGUUGGUCGGUGUCGCUCCGUCAGCGACAGGUGGUUAGUAUAGCGUCAUUGUCGUGCGCAGCGUCGUCCGAGAUGCAUCUCCGGCGGAGGCUCGCACCACUGGACUCACAGCCGAAGCCGACAUCUUUCAGCCAUGAACAAGCUUUAUACGAAAUACUGGCGUCUCGCUGAGGAGCUUCUUAUUGGGAGCUCAAAUAAUCUGAUUUCGUUUUCUUGCCAAACUAACUACAGUACAAACAUUCGUACAUCUCGAGGAUAAGCUAUAAACGGCGCAUCAUCGCCACCCCAUACAAAAAUGAAGUCACUACCCAAACCGCUGCUUCAGGCAGCUCACUACUUCUGGCGAUGCUGCGCCGGGCGAUUCAGCGAGCGCGGCUGCAUCUACCGGCGCCCAUCGGUCACGACAAUGGCGGCGGUGGAUCUUCCAGUGACGAAGAAGACUUUCCUCUCAGCCCUAGUGUUGCCUACACCUCCUUGCGGGACGAUGAAUCCGUCCGGGACCACUUUCGCAAGCGCCCUGAGGACAUUUCUGGUGUGCAUUUGAUCAUUGCGGAGAAAUCAUCGAAGACGCGGAAAGGACACGUGGCAGAACUGUCUCUGGAUGAACAGAGGCGCGCUGCGGACGCCUGGUCUCGAUUGCAGACGCUGUAUGGGCUGUUCCGGGAGCUGGAAGCGACCACGGACGAGGACACAGAAGACAGCGAUACUGAAGCGGGCGAAAAUGGGAAGAAACAACCAAAGGAGACUCGACAACAAUGCAGACGUGAUGACGGACUGCGGUCGCUCCUACAGGAGGUACAACUGCCUCCCGGUGUAAUCUUACGGGACCUCCCGACGUUGUCGAUGACCGAUGGAAGUGACGACAAUGCCAUGCCCCAAGGAUUCACUGCCGGCAUGUUUGCUGCACUGGGCAAUGCCAUGUACAAAGAAAUGCUUAUUGCGGCGGAGCAGAAUCGCAUCAGCCCCGACGCCUUCGAGGAACUCGGCAACUACCUCUACGCCGAAGCAGCGAGUGUGGCCGUGUCAGCGACAGCGUAG